UCAACAUGUGGGGUUCAAUCAUUUUUGGUCAUUGUUCUAAAACUCUUCUCAAAAUCAGCUAAAUUUCCAUUCUUUCACAAAGGGACGGAGAAAAGUAGAGCUCGGGCGAGGAAGAAAGGGAUUUUCAUCACUCUGACGAUUUGAAAACAAAAGAUUGUAGAGAAAGAAGGGUAUUCGAGAUGAGUGGUUCCAAGAUGGCAGGGACUUCAGCUCCAACUGUUCGUCGGGAUCCAUAUGAGGUGCUUUCUGUUUCUAGAGAUUCAACUGACCAGGAGAUUAAAACCGCUUAUAGGAAACUAGCUCUUAAGUAUCAUCCUGAUAAAAAUGUGAGUAAUCCGGAGGCUUCAGAACUCUUCAAGGAGGUAGCUUUUUCUUAUAGCAUUCUAUCUGAUCCGGAGAAGAGAAGGCAAUAUGAUAAUGCUGGGUUUGAGGCUUUGGAAGCCGAUGGAAUGGACAUGGAGAUUGACCUCUCUAACCUUGGAACGGUUAAUACCAUGUUUGCAGCAUUAUUCAGCAAGCUUGGUGUCCCUAUCAAGACAACCAUAUCUGCUAAUGUUCUUGAAGAAGCCUUGAAUGGAACUGUUACAGUCAGACCUCUUCCCUUAGGAACGUCAAUUAGUGGAAAGGUGGAAAAGCAAUCUGCUCAUUUUUUUGGUGUAACUAUCAGUGAGGAACAAGCUGAGGCAGGGGUUGUGGUUAGAGUCACUUCAGCUGCACAAAGCAAAUUCAAGUUACUUUAUUUUGAACAAGAUGUUAAUGCGGGUUAUGGUCUAGCAUUACAGGAAGAUAGCGAGAAAACGGGCAAGGUGACAUCUGCUGGAAUGUACUUCUUGCAUUUUCAGGUCUAUAGAAUGGAUUCCACCUUAAAUGCGUUAGCAAUGGCCAAGGACCCUGAAUCCGCUUUCUUCAAACGGUUGGAAGGCCUUCAACCUUGCGAGGUUUCACAACUAAAAUCUGGCACCCAUAUAUUUGCCGUUUAUGGGGACAACUUUUUUAAAACUGCUAGUUACACAAUCGAGGCUGUUUGUGCAAAGACUUACGAGGACACCACUGAAAAACUGAAAGAUAUCGAGUCUCAAAUUUUAAGGAAGAGAAAUGAUCUACGUCAGUUUGAGACUGAGUACAGAAAGGCACUGGCUCGGUUUCAAGAAGUAACAAACCGGUACAGCCAGGAAAAGCAAGCUGUUGAUGAGCUGCUUAAACAGAGAGAUGGCAUUCAUUCUUCAUUUACAAUAACUAGAGCAGUUAUCAACAGUGGAGGAAGUGGAGUUCAUGUUAACAAUGGCAGCAGUAGUAAAAGUGUUGGGGAGGAAGUGAAGGUUGAGAGCAGCCCCGGGGAUGAUGGAAGCUCGGAUGGGAAGGAGAAACCGUCGAAGAAGAAAUGGUUCAACCUUAAUAUGAACAAAUCAGAUAAAAAGACUUAAAAGUUGGCAAUAUUAUUUGUGAUAUUUGAAGAACAUUGUGAGAUAUGUAUUAGAACAUAUACAAUAGUAGUACAAGGGGUUAUACAUUUCAUUCUUAUAUUGCUUCAUUUUUGAAGUUCAGAUUUGUUUGUAAAAACAGUUGAAUUUUUUAUUUUUAUUUUUUUUCCCUAAGAUA